CUGCAAGCCGUUGCGGCGGGAAAUUUUCAAAACGACAAGACCAAGCACAUUAACUCUCCAACGCGCACACCUCGUCCCGUGUGCUUUGCUUUGCUGUGCUCUGCUGACGCUUCCUUUGAGUCUAGUAGGGUGCGCACUGCCGAGCGUGUCGACAACGACAGACGCACUGCCCAGCGUGUCGCCAACGACAGACGCAUUUGAGAGAGAAACACAGAAGGGGAAUAUUCAGAGUGGGAGAUUGCGAAGGAAAAGCAAGAUGGAGGAUCCACAGCUGGCGCAGAUUCAGCAGCAGGUUGCUGAGGCGCAGCACGAGUUUGAUACCUGGGUGUCAUCCGUGAACAACACCUUUGAGACCAAGCAACAAGAGCACAAGCGGAGUGUUCUCGCAUCACGAGACAACAUCAAGCACUUGCGUGAGCAGAUCAGCUCAAAGGCAACAGAAAAGCAGGCGAACGAAAAGGUUGCGCGCAAGCAGGAGCAGGAGCGAAAUGACAUUGAGGACAAGAUUUCUGCCGUGCACAAGGAGACGGAGCAGCUCCUCUCUGUUGACCAGCGCCUGAAUCAGGAGAUUGCUGCCCUCAACGCAGAGAAGGACCGCGUUCUCCAAGAGAUUGAGGAAGUGAAGCAGGAGAACGACAGUGCAUGCGCCCGAAAGACGCAGGGCAUCGAGUGGUACCAAGACAGGCUUGGAUGGAGCAUGAAGACGAAGAAGCGCGACACGCUGAGCAUGCGUUUCACGCAGAUUGACCCAGAUGACCGCGAUCGCCCCUUCAGUUUCGACCUUGUUGUCAAGCCAAACGACACUUACGAAGCUGUGAACAUGGAGCCGAAGAUUGAUGUGCAGCCACUGUUGGAUGAGCUCAACACAAACAACAACCUUGGUCGUUUUCUCUUCCGCGUUCGCAACGCCUUCAAGGCGUCCCUCUGAAUCAGCACGCGCGAUGUUUUGUCACAUAACCUUCCCUUGUUACACUGACCUGCUGAUGUGUGUGACUGUGUGUGUGUGUGUGUGUGUGUGUG